CUGCCUUUAACACAGUGAGACACAAGCCUGCUGAGGACCAAGUUAACACAGUGAGACACAAGCCUGCUGAGGACCAAGUUAACACAGUGAGACACAAGCCUGCUGAGGACCAAGUUAACACAGUGAGACACAAGCCUGCUGAGGACCAAGUUAACAGUGAGGCACAAGCCUGCUGAGGACCAAGUUAACACAGUGAGGCACAAGCCUACUGAGGACCAAGUUAACACAGUGAGGCACAAGCCUGCUGAGGACCAAGUUAACACAGUGAGACACAAGCCUGCUGAGGACCAUGUUAACACAGUGAGGCACAAGCCUGCUGAGGACCAAGUUAACACAGUGAGACACAAGCCUGCUGAGGACCAAGUUAACACAGUGAGGCACAAGCCUGCUGAGGACCAUGUUAACACAGUGAGACACAAGCCUGCUGAGGACCAAGUUAACACAGUGAGACACAAGCCUGCUGAGGACCAAGUUAACACAGUGAGGCACAAGCCUGCUGAGGACCAAGUUAACACAGUGAGGCACAAGCCUACUGAGGACCAAGUUAACACAGUGAGGCACAAGCCUGCUGAGGACCAAGUCAACACAGUGAGACACAAGCCUGCUGAGGACCAAGUUAACACAGUGAGACACAAGCCUGCUGAGGACCAAGUUAACACAGAAUCCAGAAUUCUCUCAGCACAGCAAUGAAACUGGAGGAUUUGAGCACUGGCCCAUUGGCAAAGUACGGAGCGGCAGGUGCAGUCACUGCAAUAAGUCUGCUUCUGCUGCGCAGGUGGAUCGCGGGCGGGGUGUGCAGGAGCAAAGCAAGGCUUGAUGGGAAGACUGUGUUGAUCACCGGCGCGAACACCGGUAUUGGCAAGGAGACAGCGCGCGACCUGGCUGGGAGAGGUGCCCGCGUGGUGAUUGCAUGCCGCGAUCUCGCCAAGGCAGAGCAGGCGGCGGCAGAGAUCCGCAGGACCACGGGGAACGGCAACGUGGCGGUGCGACGGCUGGAUCUGGCCUCGCUCAGCUCCGUGCGCCAGUUCAGCAGGGAGUUUAACGAGAGAGAGGAGAGGCUGGACAUCCUCAUCAACAAUGCAGGUGUCAUGAUGUGCCCCAAGUGGCUGACUGAGGACGGCUUUGAGAUGCAGCUCGGCGUCAAUCACCUGGGCCAUUUCCUGCUGACCAAUCUGCUGCUGGACAAGCUGAAGAGCUCCGCCCCCAGCCGUGUGGUUAAUGUGUCCAGCAUCGCCCACAAGGGGGGCAGAGUGCACUUUGAUGACAUCUUCUUUGAGCACAGCGAGUACAGCCCCCUGGAGAGCUAUCGGCAGAGCAAGCUGGCCGUGCUGCUGUUCUCCAGAGAGCUGGCACACAGGCUGCAGGGCACUGGAGUGACUUCAUACUCCCUGCACCCUGGGGUGAUCCGCACGGAGCUGGGGCGUCACGUACUGGGAGGGUAUCCCCUGCUGAAGAUGAUUGUGAGCGCCCCCUCUCUGUGCCUCAUGAAAACACCAGUCCAGGGAGCGCAGACCAGCAUCCACUGUGCCGUGGCUGAGGGGCUGGAGAGGAGCAGCGGGCUGUAUUUCAGUGACUGCUCCCUGAAGGAGCCGGCUCCCGAGGGGCAGGAUGACAGGGCGGCCCGGCAGCUGUGGGAGCUGAGCGCCAGACUGGUGGGACUGGAAGAGAACUGACAGCAGAACCUCUCCUGGAGAGGAACCUGCUCACAGCACGGCAGUGAAAGUUUAAACUAAACUUUACUUUAAACUAAUUGGACACUUUAAAUUGGAGAGAACAUUGGGGUUAAAAUAAUUAGGCACACAAAUUAAAAAGAACCACUCAGGGUGAUUGCAAAACUGAUAGACAGUCGAGGAGCAGUAAAAAUAAACAGCAGAGGCUGAUUCCUCUUUCAGUCAAUAAUGGAAUGAGCUCAUUGCUAUUGCUUCACACCUUUUAUUCUGUCACAGGUUCCCAGUUUAUAACUAGACAAUAAGUCAAUGAUGAGCUUCUUGACUCUAGUUAGUUAGUCAUUUAUACCUACUAACUACAUGCUACGAAACACACCCGAUACGGUUAGCAAACCACAAAUAAAGAACGCAGACCUUUCAUUGUGAGGGUUUGUGUGUAAUCUGUUUGACUUCAGAAUUGUGUUUGGGGUUCCUUUCAGAACGUGCGCUUGUCAAUUUGAGGUGGAUCUGGGUAUCAGAUAUCGUGUGUGAAUGCGUGUGUUGGAUAUUAUAAUAUGCUUGAGUAGUGCCUUUGAUAGGGUACUGAGUUUGUGGAAAGAGCACAUACAAUAAAUGUUGUGAUACUUCUUUUAUUAAACAGUAAAUAGAUUCAGAUUCCAUUUUCAUAGUUUCUGUCCCCUUCUUAUAAUGUUUGCAAUGAAGCGUUUCUUUUUUAAAUUACUCAAAUAUUGUGUGUGUGUGUGUGUGUUUGUAUAUAAGUCUGUGUUGAGGUGCUUUGACUGCGAGUUUACACCCUGGAUGAUGUAGUCUGUGUUGCAUGUCUAUGAGUUUACACCCUGGAUGAUGUAGUCUGUGUUGCAUGUCUAUGAGUUUACACCCUGGAUGAUGUAGUCUGUGUUGCAUGUCUAUGAGUUUACACCCUGGAUGAUGUAGCCUGUGUUGCAUGUCUAUGAGUUUACACCCUGGAUGAUGUAGCCUGUGUUGCAUGUCUAUGAGUUUACACCCUGGAUGAUGUAGCCUGUGUUGCAUGU